CGAAAAAAAAAAAAAAAGCUGAACCGUCAAAACAAAAUCUGCGGCAAAGAUUAGGACUCAAACUAAGAAGUGACGCCUCGACGGGGCCUUCGGAACGAGGCUCUCCUUCGGGUCGAGUGAGCGCAAAGGGAACGAGAUGGCAGAGGCUGGCGGCAAGUCGACUGAGACUUACGGUGGCUCCGAGGGACAAGAACCAACGGAAGAGGGACAAAGUGAGAGGGACGCCUCUGGGUGCAAAGAUGGACGAGACGAGGCUUCCUUAACAGCUCCUAAGGAGGCGGAGGAGGAACCUGGAGAUAAGCCUAUGCCAGAUGCAGAAAAAGACACAGGGGCAGGUGGAGAGGUAGAAGGGGAAGAGGACACAGACAGCAUGGAUGGCAGCGGCCUCUACUCCCUGACUGAGGAUGGCGACAGAGAAAGUGAGGGAGGGAGAAGAGAGAGAUCAAUGGAAAAUGAGCGAGGUAAGAGGGCCGCCAGGAAACGAAACAGACCUGGCGGGGGAACCAACCACUCCUCCAGCUCUGAUGAGGAUGAGGAAAAUGAUGAAGUAGAAGACCAUGAUGAGGAGGAGGAUGAGGAAGCCAUGGAGGCAUGGCUGGGGGCAGAGCUUCAAGACCUUCGUGGCCCCACGUGGCGGGCAGUGCCCUCACUGCGCUCCAGGGAGAUCGGCAGGGAAUCACACCAGUUUGUGAGGCGUGUGUGCGGCGCCCGUGGUCUAGUCCAGAGGCUGGAGCUCCAGGGGCGUUUGGAGAGGCACACGGGCUGCGUGAACACAUUGCACUUCAACCCCUCUGGAACGCGCCUGGCCUCAGGCAGCGAUGACCUGCGUGUGGUGAUUUGGGACUGGGCCAUCCGCCAUGCUGAGCUGGAGUUUGACAGUGGCCACAAGAGCAAUGUGUUUCAGGCCAAAUUCCUGCCUCAUAGUGGAGACUCCACCCUGGCCAUGUGUGCUCGAGAUGGGCAAGUCAGAGUGGCUGAGCUCUCUGCCACCCAGCGCUGCAAAAACACCAAGAGGGUAGCACAGCAUAAAGGGGCAGCCCAUAAGCUGGCCUUGGAGCCAGACUCCCCCUGCUCCUUUCUAUCAGCUGGAGAGGAUGCUUUGGUAUUUGGUAUUGAUUUGCGCCUAGACCGGCCAGCCAAUAAACUUGUGGUUGUGAAGGAGGGUGAUAAGAAAGUGGGACUGUACACCAUCUUUGUCAACCCAGCCAAGACACACCACUUUGCCGUUGGCGGCAGAGACCAAUAUGUCAGGAUCUAUGACCAGAGGAAGAUUAAUGAAAAUGACAACAACGGUGUGCUGAAAAAGUUCUGUCCCUCUCACCUGGUGUCCAGCGAGUCUAAAACCAAUAUAACCUGCCUGGUAUACAGCCAUGACGGCACAGAGCUCCUGGCCAGUUACAAUGACGAGGACAUCUACCUGUUUGACUCUAGCCACAGUGAUGGAGCCGACUACCGCAGGAGAUACAAGGGACACCGCAAUAAUGCAACAGUGAAAGGGGUGAACUUCUAUGGGCCAUGCAGCGAGUUUGUCGUCAGUGGCAGCGACUGUGGACACAUCUAUCUGUGGGACAAGUACUCUGCUCGCAUCGUCCAGUUCAUGGAGGGAGACAGAGGAGGAGUGGUGAACUGUCUGGAGCCUCACCCCCACCUGCCUGGCAUGGCGACCAGCGGGUUGGAUCAUGAUGUCAAACUGUGGGCCCCCACGGCUGAAAGCCCCACAGGGCUCAAGGGCUUAAAAGAGGUGAUGAAGAAGAACAAACGUGACCGCGACGAGAACAGCGUGCGUCACGGUGACCAGUACGACACCCAGCUGCUGUGGUUCCUGAUGAGACACAUGAGGAACAGACGGCCCCAGAGGACUCGUCAUGAGGGAGGUGAGGGAGACACAGAUGAGUCCUGGAGCUCCCCAGACUCCUCUGAUGAAGAGGACGGAGGCCCUGACCACGUCCAGUGCAUGUCCUCCUGAGCCAUACACACACACACAAACACACACACACAUACACAUACACUCUUUAUUGCCCUAGAAUCGAUGCUCAUAGGCAAGCACUAUUGACACACUGGCACACUAUACUGACAAACCACAUACACAAAUUAACAAGUACACUUGUGUAGAUGUACUCUGCUGAGAGGGAGAGUGACCAGAGAUGCUUGUCCUGGUUUCCCGCCAGUCAGGAGUAUGCAAGUGGGGGACUACAAACAGCAUACACACUUACUGAUUUUUGAAGUCAGAUGCGUGCUCUUACCACCCCUUUCAACCACUUCGAGCCCCCCCACCCACCCCACCCCACCCAUUUGUUUAUACAUUUGGUAUGUUCUCUGUCUAGGCAUAGAACCAAUAUAAUGUGCAAGCAUGGCCACAAACACCUCCAGUCGAGCACUCUGCGUAGUAUUCUAUUCUGUACAUCACCAGCAGCACCGUUUUCUCUUAGUACAGUCACAUUCACACACGCUCGCACACCUUUGUUUGAUGAGCUUAUUUUGUUCUGAUAAGAGAGGUCUAUCAGGGAUAAAGGGCUUAGAAUCUCACGUGACUCACUCGGUGCAACAUCACUUUCAGAAGGGGGGCACCAAUAGCUUUCAUUUCCCUUCUGUAACCCCCCCCCCCCCCACCUCACCAAUACCUCCAUCCCCAUCUCUUUGUUAAAGGCCUGCCCCUGAACAUCAGCAACCGGUCAGGUUUACCACAUUUAGUUCAGUCGGGCUAGCUGUCGACAUGUUGCGCCACCCAACACUGUCCUCGGCCUCGUCAUCUUCUCUCACCUGCCCCGACCUCAUCCAUCCUUUCCUGACCACAUACCCUCUCCCUCACAACUGGUUGCACUUUGGAUCAGGGACAUUGUGGUUCUGUGCCCUGGUUCUCCUCGGCGGGAUUGAGGAGGGCGGUGAGAAACUGGUUGUGUCCAUGUACGCUGCUUGUAUUCCCCAACUGGGAAAACGCCACAGCAAAGUAUAAGAGUGUGAAUUUCAGGUCAGACAGGUGUGUUACCCUGUUGAAAUGUUUUUGUUGGGGUUUUUUUUUUUUGCAUCUGGGGGAAGAGGGUCUUUUGCACUUAGCAGUGUGUGUCUUGACAGAUCUCCAGCUGAGAGAAGGAGAAAGCUUCCCUUUGCUGCCACCAGCAUGUCCCCUCUUCUUCCUCCUCCCUUUCCCUUCAUCCUCACACCCACCCUGGACAGAAAGCCACUGCUCAGCCCCGUGUGGUGGUGAGACAUCAUAGAGCAGAUCGCAAGAAGCUGAAGGACGGCAUGCUGCGAGUGUGUCGGACGGCUGGACCAUUCUGCUCCAUUGGGGGCACUUGUGGGCUUUCUGGAGCCAGUCCUCUCCAUCUGGAUCAGUUUGUAAUUGAAAAUACUGCCUCUGAACCAUUAUGGUGAUAAAGGGCUGGGUUUGCAAUCAUUGGAAACUUGAUAGGGCGCGAUAUUGCUCAGCAAAUUCAGCCAAUCACAGAAUUUGGUUCGGAAAGAUUUCACAUGUAAUUGUGACCCGGGUUUGGUGUUGCGGUGAGCAUAUCCAGUGGUUAGGCCUGUUGUGUGUCUGCUGUAAAGCUGGCUCAUUGAUAUGAGGAUGGGGGUAGGGGGUCAAUAUGCUUGCCAAUCAUUUGUUGUGUGAGAGCGAUAAAGUCCAGCUUUUCUCAUUUUCUAUGAGAACUCUAGUUAGUUGAAUUUAUAUGUACAUAUAUAAAUAUAUUAACUGUAAAAAAAAUUAGCAAACUGUUUGACUUCCAAAAAAAAAAAAAUGUCAAAACAUUUGAUUGGUAUUGAUGCAGAGGUUUAUAUUCUAUAUGAGGACAAAGUACUUUUGAAACAAGACAAAGUUGACACGAGACAUCAUUUUUAUUACUUUUUCCUCCGAAGGACAUCCCUCUGUUAUGUGCAGAACAGCGGUCAGUUGACUACUAACAGUUUUGGUUCUUUCUCGAUGAAAAUCCAGUGUCUCCUUUAUAGAUCUUCACAUCUUGGUUAAAGAGUCAUAUCCAGAUUUUCCCACUGGCUUUUUUUUUCUCCUGUUUUUCCUUGUAUACAUAUUCAAGCUUUGAACGAUUUCUCUCUCCCCGUCACUGCCUAGUAAUGCAUUCUACUGGUUCAGUUGGAGUUAAGUACAAUUUGUGCAAUAAACGAUAAGAACAA